AUGAAAAGGGACCUAAUUGGUCCGGUCAAAGCAUUAAUAAAGAUCAACAAUUGCUCUUGCUUAUCAAGGUGCCAGAUCUCAAGGUUACCUCAUUUCUUUACAUUUCAUCCACAUUUUAGCACACUUAUUUAUUAUUACAAUUUGAAAAAUUGUAUCACUUCUGAGACUUAG